CGGAAAAUUUGUAAACAGUAGUAAUUUAACAUACGAGCUGCUCUUGCCACAUGGCAUAUGUAUACAACGAUCUGUGUGUUCCAGUGAAGGCUAUAAUAUCUUUUUUCAAUUUUUAGAAAUAUUUUUGAGUUUCUAUUUAAAGACAACAAAGUGACAUACAUACAUUUAUAAACAUAAAUUAAGUAUCGGAAAACAUGGAGGCUGUUGAAGGAAACAGUGACACGAAACCGGCUGAACAAAUUGUUAAUAUAAAUGAGGAAGUUAAUGUAAAUGUUAAUGAUGAUGAUGAUGAUAAUGAUUUAGAAACGGACGAAGCUAUUCCGGACACUUUAGAUGUAGCACCAGUGAACUUUCAAAUGUCAGUGACCAGUGCGGAAAGUGAACAGGAGUCGGCUGAGCCUACUGCCGAGACACCAAUGAUUGAGAGUAGAAAUGGGAAGCUACAGUAUCAUAUUGGAGAUAUGGAAGUUGUCGAAGUUACUGAAAUUGAAAUGCCGCUGAAACCCGGCGCACCUUCAGUAAUGAACAGUGAUCUCUCGCUACCAGCUGGUUCCCAGUUCUCAGAACUGAACAGUGCUGAGAAUGAUAGCGACAAAGAGGGUCAGGAGCGUGCAACAUGGGGAGGCCAGCUAGAGUUCUUGUUAACGUGUGUCGGGUAUGCUGUGGGACUCGGCAACGUGUGGAGGUUCCCUUAUUUAUGUUAUAAAAAUGGCGGAGGUGCUUUUAUAAUUCCAUAUGUAUUGAUGUUAGCGUUUGUCGGUCUACCACUGUUCUACAUGGAACUUUCAUUAGGCCAGUUUGCUUCACUCGGACCAAUUACUAUAUGGAAAUUUAAUCCAUUGUUUAAAGGCGUUGGGUAUGCCUCUGUGAUAGUGAACUGGUUGAUAGCCCUGUAUUAUAAUGUGGUUGUUGCCCAGUGUAUAUUUUAUUUCUUUGCAUCAAUGACAACAGAAUUACCUUGGAGUACAUGUAAUAAUACAUGGAAUACAGCGAACUGCGCUUAUGACAAUGCAACGAGGAUGGCUGCGCAGGCGUUAAAUUUAACGAUAACCACGCCCACUCAGGAAUACUACAGACGUUAUGUUUUAGAGCAGUCAGAUUCAAUCACAGACUUUGGUACUCCACGAUGGAAGUUGACACUCUGUCUUUUGCUCGCAUGGGUUAUUGUCUGGCUUGUACUACUUAAAGGAAUCCAGAGUCUCGGAAAGGUUGUUUAUUUCACUGCGUUAUUUCCUUACCUGAUGUUGACAAUCUUAUUAAUUCGUGGAGUGACGCUAGAUGGCGCUAUAGAUGGUAUACUCUUCUAUCUGGAACCCAAAUUUGAAAAAUUGCUUGAUCCAAGGGUCUGGUCGGAUGCAGCAACCCAAAUUUUCUAUUCUCUGAGUGCCUGUACGGGCGGUAUGAUCGCUAUGUCGAGUUAUAACAAGUUUGACAACAAUUGCUACAGGGACUCGCUCAUUGUGGCGUGCGUGAACUGUGCAACCAGUAUUUUUGCAGGCUUUGUGAUCUUUUCCAUCCUCGGUUUUAUUGCACAUGAGAAGGGGGUAUCUGUUGCUGCUGUUGCUACUGAUGGACCCGGUUUGGCUUUUGAAGUUUACCCAGAAGCCCUUGCUCAGAUGCCAGUAGCACCAUUGUGGUCUGUCUUCUUUUUCCUCAUGAUGUUAACGCUUGGGUUUGGAUCAGAGUUUUCGAUGGUGGAAUGUCUUCUAAGUGCCUUUGCAGAUGAAUAUCCAGCUUGGUUUACAAGCUCCAGAAUAAGGUCUUUCACAUAUAGAACUACGGUUAUGGUCUUGUGCUUCCUCUUGGGUGUUCCCAUGACGACCAAUGGAGGUAUGUGGUUAUUGAACCUGGUAGACUACAGUGUGAGCGGUUUUCCACUUCUAUUUGUUGGUCUUCUUGAGUGUAUUUCCUUAUGCUGGAUAUAUCAUUUUGACAGAUUUGCAGAAGACAUUGAAAUGAUGUUAGGAAAGAAACCAAACCUGUUCUGGAAAAUCUGUUGGAAAUUCAUCACCCCAUUCAUUAUUGCAGUUGUUAUCUUAAUGAACAUUGUAUUUUGGAAAGAGCCCGAUCUAGACAACAUCACAUAUCCCGCGUCGGCGUUGGUCGUAUCAUGGCUUAUAGCUGCCUUCCCUAUGGUAGCUAUUGUGGGAACAUUCCUUUAUGAAUUCUGUUACAUCUCCGGCGGUUAUGAGCUGAUGAAGAUGAAGAUGCAGCCUACAAAUGAUUGGGGACCAGCUAAUUCUAUAGACAGAGAUCGGCAUGAACGGUAUCAUGGUGACUUCCUGCCAUUAUUUUGUAUGGACCCAACAUUACUUGGUAAACUUAUGGGCAGCAACUUGUCGAACCUUUCAAAUAUAUCGGAAGCGGAAAUGACUAAAAGACUCGGUGGAUUAACACCCGCCCAAUCAGAAGCUGUGUUACAAAUCAUUGCACAUAGCAGCACAAACGUUAAUAAUACGCCAAACCUAUCACCAGCAGCGUCCCUACUCGCAAUUGCACGUUCCAACGGAAGUUUUUCACAGUUAGCAAAUAAUCAAAGAAGACGAAAUCAUACAGCAAGUGAAUGCUCAGAAGUAUAAAAGGAACUGUUAAAAUCACAAACUCUCAUAUUCUUGUUAGGGUCAGCACAGGAAAAAUAUGCAGCAAUGUUUCUAAGACAUGUUGAAUUCCGCUUAUGAUGUUAGUACGGUCUGGUGUUAAACGAUAUCUUCAUGUCAUUGCAUCCUUAGAAGACCUUCGAUUACUUUAAGAAUAUACAGAAAGAGGUAAUUAAAUUAGACUUUCUGUACCUACUGUAAUUAUAUAACAAGAUAAGUGACCAAAAUGAGUCAUUUACAAAUUGAACAUGCAGUAUGUGAAUAUAGAGUCCAGAAUUGUCACAUCCUUACCAAUACAUAGCAAUAAGUUACAAUAAAAACUGAAAGAAAUACAAAUAUUUCUAAUAGGUAACAUCAAUACAUUAUUAUUGUCAGCUCCAAGGAUCUAAGAUGGCAUCAUUUAAUAUCUUUGUGCAACCUUGUACAUUUAUUUUGUCACCAUGGGCUUGUAUCUUUGGAUACACUGACCUAUCAUUAUGGUUUAUAUGAUAACUAUUCAGGAUCUUGUUAUAAUGGCGGUAAAAGGGUCAAUUGACUGUUUUAUUUGUAAUGAUUGAGCCAUCAUUCGAAAUUUGGCUUGCCAAGAUAUUAUUUGUUCAUACUAAUAACUAAACUUAUUUUCAUUUCGUUUUAUUUAUGUCCACUAUCAUUUGCAUUUCAUUAAACAAUGCUAGGGUGUGUAGAUUAUGGUUACAUGUCCCAAAAAACACUGACAUGUCCUUAAUCUAUGAAGGCUCAGUGAAAACAAGCCCCAACAUGUCUUGAAACUGAGCCCCCAACAUGUCUUAGAAAAAAUAUUGCUUCUUGUGUCAUAUUUUAUCAUUCAUUAAACAUCGCUAGGGGGCGUAGAUUAUGGUAACAUGUCCCAAAACACACGGACAUGUCCUUAAUCUAUGAAGGCUCAAUGAAACCGAGCCCCAACAUGUCUUAGAAAAAAUAUUGCUUCUUGUGUCAUCCCUAACAUGUCUUAGGAAAAAUAUUGUUUUGUGUGUCAUAUUUUACCUGUUAACUUGCUGAAUUUGUGUACUGGAUUUGUUCUGCUUUGAAUAUUGAACCUGCCAUUAAAGAUUUCAGUAUCAAAAUACUAAAAAACAUGAACUACAGCAGGUUAAUUAGCCUGGGUUCCAGUCUGUCGAUUUUUUUAUGUGCUUCUGUUCGGCAAAUCGACAGUUGAUACUAUCAAAACCAGAGAUGUUGUGUUAUCUAUGACGAUCGAGUAUGAAAUAGCGCGUAAGUUAUGAAUAAAUAAAAAAAAUAUCAACGCCUGAAUCCCAGGCUACAGGUUAAUGGUUUCACACAAGUCUGAAGUAACUAAUGGUUACACACAAGUUUGAUGAAACAUUUACAGCAAAAAAAUAUUCAGUAGUUGAAUAACUUCAUAAAGAUUGUAUAUCAUUAUGUGUAGUCCAAGGGUCAAAAAUCAUGUCCAUGACAAAAUGUUAUUAAUUUGAGAUUAUGCAAAUGUGUUUACCAUAUAAACAUCGAGACAAAUGUUGUCAUUGUGUUCAUUUUUUUUCUGCAGAGUGAAUAAGUAAAUAAAAAAGAAAGAAAGUAUUAUCAAAAGUGAAAAUUGUUUCACAAAAACAUAAUGUAUAUGAAAGUAUUAACUAUUUUCACAAUUUGUAAAGAUAAUAAAUACAAUCAUAUUUGUUUUCACAAUAAAUAAAAUUGAUAAUUGUUAAUACUGAAUGAGUAAAAAGGAUAAUUGUUUAUACUGAAUAAGUAAAAAAUGAAAAUAGUUUAUACUAAAUAAGUAAAAAUUAAAAUUGUUUAUAAAGAAUAAGUAAAAUAUGAAAAUUGUUUACACUGAAAACGUAAAAAUGAUAUUCGUUAUACUGAAUAAGUAAAAAUGAUAUUUGUUUAUACUGAAUUAGCGAAAAUGAUAAUUGUUAAUACUAAAUUUGUUAAAACAAUAACUGUUUUCACAGAAUUAAUAACAAUGAAAGUUGUUUACACUGGAUUGGAAUUUUUUUUAAAUUUUAAUACUGAAUUAGUAAAAUGAUAAUUGUUUAAACUGAAUAAGUAAAAAUGAUAUCUGUUUACACUGAAUUGGUAAAAAUGAUAUAUGUAUUAUACUGAAUUGGUAAAAGUGACAUAUGUUUUUGUUGAAUACGUGAAAAUGAAGUUAACAGACAGAAAGUGAGACAGACAAGCUUGACAUUUGAGCUGUGUCAUGACAAAACCAACAUAAUGGGUUUGCGACCAGCAUGGAUCCAGACCAGCCUGUGCAUCCGCGCAGUGAAAUCAGGAUCCAUGCUGUUCGCUUACCAACUCUAUUACAAGUAGAGAAACUGAUAGCGAACAGCAUGGAUCCUGAUCAGACUGCGCGGAUGCGCAGGCUGGUCUGGAUCCAUGCUGGUCGCAAACGCAUUAUGUUGGUUUUGUCAUGGCGCGGCUCAUUUGUAUAAACUUUGAUGUAUCGCAAACACCAAAUGUUGUUUCGGUGUUUUAUCAUGUUUAGUUGAGUUUAUUUAUUUAUUGUAAAUGCUGGAUUGUGUUCAUUAUUUAUAGAAUCAGUCAUUUACUAUUUAACAUUAUGUUGUGUUAAAACAGUCAUCUAUUUUAUGUUAGGUGUGAAUAAUGUUUGCAAAUCUUUGAAAGAAUUGUGAAAACUUGAUGAAUCAGAACUGAUGUGAUAUAAUUUAAAUUGAUAUUUUUGUAAUUUAAAGUAACUAAAUUCAUGCUAUAUGAGGUUAACAUGUUAUUUUUUGUCCCCAGUUUGGAGUUUAUAUCACAUGAAAAGGUUUUUACACUUUGUGGAUAUUUGGUGAGCAGCUACAAAAUUUUGCCAACAAAAUCAUGUUACAUGUAAGAAUUAAUAUUUAUAUCAAUAAUGUUUUAAAACAAAUUUAAGUGUGUCCUACAUCUGUCAUUUUGUCCGCCGUGAUAAACUAUAAAUUUACAUGAUCAAAACUUAUGUUUAUUAUUAAAUCUGAUAGUUAACACUUUAGACAUGUUGAAAGUUUUUUCUUGUACAUGUAUAUGAUACUUUUUUUAAACUUAAUGUCUUUACAACUUUAUUGACUUGCCUAAAAUUAUACCAAAAAUGAUAAAGCUAUUUUUAUAUAAAGAUAUUAAGUAAUAUGAUUAGAAAUGAACGGUUAUUAUCGAGUUUAUCAGUAUGUCUGAAUGUCAAUAUUUUGUAUACAAGCAAAGUUGUAUAAGCUGAAUUCAUCCAGAUUUUUUUUUCUCAAAAAAAUGAAUUAAUCUGAAUUCAGUAUCAGGGUUUUCAUUUUUAUAAGAGGCAACAGAUGUGCCAAUAUAAACAAGGGUCAAGGCUGAUAUUUUAAUUGACAGACUGAAAAUACAACUGAUUUUCACUGAUGAUAUGGAACGCCAAUCUGUUAAUAAUGAAAACCCUGAUUGUAUUCAUAAUUCAUAGUCUGUAUGGAAAAAAAAUGUUUCAUUGAAUACAAGUUUAUGUUUUGAGUGAUAUAAGUUAUAAUGGUAGGCAUAGAUCACAGUCAAUAUUCCUUGUGUAUCUCUGUGUCCUGGUGCUGGCAAAUUGGAAUACGCGGUAGUUAAUUGAAUUUAAGGUUUAGUUAUAUUGUUUUGACAAAUAAUUGACUUAUUAUUCUGGGACAUUAUUAACUUAUUCUGGGGCACAGUUAACUUAUUCCGGGACACAAUUAACUUAUUUUGGGACACUAUCAACUUAUUCUGGGACACAGUUGACAUUUUUGUAAGGCAUAUCAUGCAUUCUAGUCAGAAAUAAUUAUCUUUUUUGGAACCUUGACAUUUAUUUUCAGUAUGCUGAAAUCCUUUUAUUUACUAUUAACGGACAACUUCCAAAUUCUGAGGAAAAAAAAAUAUUUUUUUUAAAUUUGGCUACCUGAGCUGAAUUUGUGUAAUGGAUUUGCCUUGCUUUGAAUUAUGAACAGUCCAUGCAAAGUUUAAAAAUGGAUUUCAAAGUCAAAAUACAUAACACAAGCAACCAACGGUAUAGAGCCUGGUCAGACUGGCUGGAUGUGCAGGUUUGAGUGGCUCCGUAUUGGUUGCAAAGGCUAAACAAUUUUCUGUUCCAGGAAAGUAACUGUUAAAAGGUCAUUAUUAAAGUUUGAUUGUUGAGGUAUGGCAUGUUGAUAUCAACAUAUCAUUUUAUCAAUAUCACAAGUCCUGUGUUCAUAGAUUAAUUAGCAAGGUUAUCACAUAUAUGUACUUUUUACAUGUAUAUAUGUAUCAUAUUAUUUUAAUAUUUUCUUUUGAAGAAGUUGCAUUGUAUAUAAAUGUAGAUUAAAAGUUGUAUUUUUAAUGUUUUGUUAAUUUGAUUUUUGGUAUCACUAGUCCAUUUUAAAACAUGAAUUUUGCCUAUGGCUAUGGGCAUUAGCAAUUUACAUUGGAGGAGGAAAGAAAUAUGUUACUGAAAUACCAUAGAGUACAGUUUGGUUUUUUGCCAUAUUUUUUUAAGCAGUAAAAUGUUUAAAUGCAAUCCAGAUUAAGAGGGUGGGCAUUAUGAUGUGACAUAUGUACUGGUUAGUCCAAGAAAUGAUCUCAGUUGUGGCGGAACUAAAAAUCCAAAGCUUUCAUCAUAAGAAAGUUACAUGAUCUCUAACUUAAACUAUUUGUGUGUUAAACUAUUUGAAUAUACAGUGUCAAGUUCACCUUUGACACAGAUUAGAAUCUUCCAGAAUCUAAACGUUGUUGAAUGACGUAUAGAAAUAAUUCCUGCUAAUUGCAGACUGUUUCACUUUGCUAACACACUUUUUCCAUCAAGGCUGACUGUUAUUAUUUAUUGUAUGGUUUUAUUUGGUUGUUUUUGAUGUGUGGGGAAGGGGGUUGGCUAAAAAUGUAAGAAUAUAAAGGGUUUUUUACUUUGUUAAAGGUACACUAUUCCCAUUUCGGAGGGGGAGGGGCAGCUGUGGUUAAAAUUAAAAUAAAAUGGUAAAUAUACAAGGUUUUGUUUUUGUUUAAUUAUUAAAGGCACACUAUUCCCAUUUCUGCUAAAUGUCCACUUAUCACGUUUCUGCUUAAUGUAGCAAUUUUCAGUUUUUUUGCUAAAGUAGGUCUUCUGCUAAAUGUAAACUAGGUACAUGUAAUACAAAAUGUAGCAUUUACUAGGUCAUGCUAAAUGUUAGAUUUUACGAAUGUACUUCUUAUCACGUUAAGUUUUUAUUGUAAUGUGAAGUUUUGCAGUGACACUUUUCUAUUACAGAUAUUUUAUUUACUCUAUUUUAUUUGCUUAAAAUCUAGAACAUAUCUACGCUUUUUAACUGUUCAGUAAUUACUUAUUUCAUUCUGGUUUUCUACUUUGAGUGAUCUUUGAAGAUUGGUAUUAGGUUUAGUUGCAUAUUUAAUCAUGUAUAUGUCUGUAUUUAACAAACAGAUGAUAGGGAAAACCUUACACAAACAAACAAAAAAAUAACAAUAUUUUGAAAACUCCAUCAAUGGUAUGUGAGAGGUCACAAUUUUGUUACUUGACAAUAGGAUACGGACAAGAGCAUGCUCAUGCUCUUGUCCAUAUUAUUCUGCGUACCGCCAAACAGAUUUGCCAUUCAAAAUUACAGGGAGUUAAAUA